UCUUCAAUGGUUCCAUGAAGAUCCCUCAACAUCCAUGGAACCUUUGCAAUACACAAAAGACAAAAGAAGUUUUACAGAAAAAGGACAUUUAUGUUUUUAAAUGCUCUUCACACCAAGAAAAUAGUUAUUUUUAAAACUCUUCAUGCUAAAUUUUUGUGAGGAAUUAAAAUUGUCUCCAAAAACAUGAUUCAAGCACACACAGUUCUUACAGUACUUAACAGAAAACCUGCAUUGGAAUGAAGAUCAAUUCUACAUCUUCUCAAACAAGACAACCCUGGCUCCUCAAAGCCUCCCAACUGUAACAAUAAACACGCUUGGGGAAAAAAUAGAUAAAACCAGUUCCAUCUGGUUGUGGUCUGUCAUAUUUUUUUCAUGUCUUUGAAAGAGUUUGUGGAGAGCAGGAUCAGACAGGCUUAGAAAGGUCCACCCAGACCCCUGCAGAGCAUCUGUGAACCCCAGGACCUCAUGCAGAGCGCAGAGAAAACAAACCACUCUCUUCAGACUCUUCCUCUUCCCCUCGGCUGCUAUUGUUCAUCUUAAACUGAGGGAAGGAGACAGAAAGGCAUGCAUGGUCUUUGAGAUCGUUUUGAGAGCUUUACAGUUGUGUUGGUUACACCUUCCUGUAACAGAAAAAAAAAACAGCUCUGUGUCUGGUUCUAUCUUGGGUGUUGAGUGCAUUGAAAGCAAGUUUUUGUGGGAAUAGCACAGAGGACGCCUCCACUCUGGACAGUAUUUUAAAAAGCCUUCUGUACAUAAAGAGAAAUGAAGGACGUAGAACUGAAUGAGGUGGAUCAGGAAAAACAGCUAAUGAACCGAGAAACUCAAAAAAAUGGCUGCGUGAAGGUCACCGUCCCAGAGAACGCUGAAGUGAAGUAUACUGGCCUCUCCAAGGAUGAGUUAAUGAAAAUCACCAAUACUGCUGGGUGGGUUCAGACACGUAGGGCUUUGCUGGGUUUGUUCCUGCUCGGCUGGGUUGGGAUGUUAGCUGGAGCAAUAGUCAUCAUAGUACAGGCCCCACGCUGUAAACCCAUUCCUGAGAUGAACUGGUGGAACGAAGGUCCCCUGUACCAGAUAUCUGACGUGAAUGCCUUCUCUGAAAAGGGACUGAAAGGAGUGGAGGAAAAGCUGGACUAUCUGAGCCACAUGAAUGUGAAGGGUCUUAUUCUGGGUCCGAUACACACUGUGGAAGGAAACCAGCUGGAUACACUAGAUCUGGUUUCAGUUAAAUCUGCAGUAGGCACUGAGAAUGAUCUGAAAUCUCUGCUGGACCAAGCACAUAAAAAAGGUAUCCCAAUGGUGCUGAAUUUAACACCCAGCUAUGAUAACACUGCUGUCUGGUUCAACAAUGUCACCGCUGUGGCUGAGAAAAUAAAAGAUGCAUGCACACACUGGCUGAAAAAAGGAUUUGGUGGUAUUUUCUUGCCUGACCUGAGAAACAUCAUGACAACAAAGUCCUGGCAAUCUACACAAGCUCUAUUCAACAAAACUGAGGAGACCAAACAAGUAGCUCUGAUGGGAUCUUUCACCAAUCUCUCCGCGGAUGAUGUCUCUCUCAUGCUGAACCGCUCAGGUGUUGACCUGCUUCUGACUGAACUGCUGGAUCCGCCUGAGACUAGUGUAGAAAAGAAACUCUACCCCAGUCACCUGCAGACGAGUCUGGGAUGGACUCUGGGUUCUCUGGCUUUCAGAUCUCAAGCAGCGCCUGUAAGACUGUAUCAGAUGCUGCUGUUCACCCUCCCGGGCACACCUGUGUUCAGCGCUGGAGAUGAGGUCGGACUGAAGGCUGGGGAAAAACCUCAAAUAAUGUGGGACUUGGAAAACCCAGCAGAAGAAAAGAAUGCAACAGCAAAGACUCUGCAGGAGGAGCGUAUCGCAGUUCGCAACUUCUUCAAAACACUGAGUGAUCUGAGGGGAAAAGAGCGAUCGCUUCUGCACGGAGAAUAUGUCAGCCUUUACAGUUCAGCCACUUCAUUAGCAUUUCUCCGCCUCUGGGAUCAGAGCAGUCGUUUCCUUACUGCUAUUAACUGGGGAAAUGCCUCUGUAAUCAUGAACCUCUCUAAUAGUGACCUGCCGGCUCAGGCUCAGGUCCACCUCACCACAGAUGCUGUGAAUCUAGCCGUGGAUAGCAUGGUCUCCUUAGAGAAGUUAAAGCUUGAGCCCAAACAGGCUGUUCUGUUCUCUUAUCCUUAUGCUGGUUAGACACAUUUACGCUCGUCUCAGAGCUGUUUGAUUUUCUCAGAGGUCUGAUAAAAUAGGCCUAGUGUCUUUCUGCUUCUUUAAGCUUAAGUAGAAAAAGUCUAAAUGCUUUUGAAUUUUAAAGUGCCUUUUGAUGAGUGAAAUUUGACUUCUCUUAUCUACUAAUAAAGUUGAAUAAAAAGGUUUUUCAUGUC